UAUGAGUUCCGGACGCUGCAUUCCACGCUUCCGUAUCGUUUAAAAUUCCACGAGCCGAAGUUUCACGGAAACACCCGAGGUGAAACGAAAUAUCGGUCCUGUAGGACUGCUGGAGGCGGCCACAGCGCCAUGUUGAACGGAAUCAUCACACUCCGAGGAGAGACUUUCGUCAAAGAGCAGUUGUAAACAAAGUGUUAUUCAUUUUAACAAGGACAUACCUGCCAAAGAUCGCCCUGGCAAGAAGAGGCGAACUAGGUCCUCGGAAACCCCGACCGGGGAGGGGGAACAACCCCCCAACCUUCAGCAAUGAAGAUAAACCACAAUAAGCGCUAGCCGGCUAACUUUAGCCUGCUAUUCUAUCAAUAAGCUAGCUGUUAGCUCAAGCUUUUCUAUCCGCUCAAACACCGGCAACCUGCUCAUACAAGGCCCGGUCUUGACGUAACACGCCAGCAAUAUUUUUUACGUGCGUUGUUUUUACGCAACUACUUGCUAGCUAAUUUAUUAUUGUAAAUAUCGAAAAGUCCGCGUGUGUGUGAUUUUUUUUUUUUGCGAUGAGUUUGCCGCCGAAAGCGGUGUCGAAACCAGCCGCUGCCGCCGCUGGAACUGGACCUGGAACCGGGCCGUCACCCUCAAGCCAGCUGCGGGCCCCCUUGACACCAGUACCACUAUCGCAGGGGCCGCCGGUCGCUCAGCAGCCUCCGCAACUAACGUUACAGCAGACACAAGUUUUCCUUAAUUUCCCUCCUAGGAUUCCAAGACUGCCACCUCUGGAUGAACGAGGCUACCCCACACAGCCCCUCACUGUCUACAAUUUACAGAGACCCCCUGGUCCCUCAUACACACAACAUGAAAUCAACAAGGGACACCCUAACCUAGCGGCCACACCGCCAGGUCACUCCUCUUCCCCUGGACUUUCUCAGGUAUCAGUUUCGACAGUAUCCACUGCGCAUCUGUAUGGUCCCCAUAAAGGCUGGGAUGCAGGAGGAGGGUCUCCGUACACACCCGGGCAGAAUGCCGGCACGACCCCUCUGGUCUACUCUCCGCCAACCCAGCCAAUGAACGCACAGCCUCAAAGCCGCCCGUUCGCCCCUGGGCCUCGUCCUACCCAUCACCAGGGAGGAUUCAGACCCAUUCAGUUUUUCCAGAGGGCGCAGAUGCAAACGGCACGGCCCACCAUUCCAAGCAACAACCCUCCCAUCCGGCCAACGUCUCAAUCCCCCGCGGCAGCGGUCUACACCCCGAAUCAGCACAUCAUGAUGACCAUGACACCCAUGUCCUUCCAUUCCCCACAGACACCGCAGUACUACAUCCCGCAGUACCGUCCCAGUGCACCUCCAUAUGUGGGGACGCCUCCACAGUACUCGGUCCAGCCCCCCGGACCCAGUACCUUCUAUGCUGGACCCAGUCCAGGGGACUUCCCUUCACCUUAUGCGGGACCUUCCUACUAUCCUGGGCAGACCAUGUACACACCAUCUCCACCCAUUAUAGUGCCUACACCACAGCAACCUCCACCUGCUAAGAGGGAAAAGAAAACGAUCCGCAUCCGAGACCCUAACCAGGGUGGGAAGGAUGUCACAGAUGAGAUAUUGUCAGGGGUGGGUGGAAGUCGAAACACAACUCCACCCGUGGGUCGGCCCUCCUCCACACCUACACCUCCACAGCAGCUGAACAGCCAGGUAGCAGAUCACGGGCUCAUGUAUAACGUGGAUGCCACCCAGCACCUUCAUGCCCACAUCGACUUGAAAACAGAUGACAAGCCAAAAUUUGCCUCACAAAGAACUGCAUCUCCUGCACUGCGGCAUCCAGAAGUUCCUUUGGAGAGAAGAGAUCGCAGCAGCCCACUCCAAGCGCCCACCCCGCCUCAGAAAACGGAGACUCCCCCCUCGGUCCCAGAAAUGCCCUUAAGUGUAGCUACAGCCCCCAUUCUUUACACGCCUUCCUCAGCAGUGGACUCGGCUGAAUCCUCAAGCCCAUCAACUGAGCCCAUCCUCGCUAAAGCUAUCACACCAGAACCGGAGAGCUCAGAGGCGGAAAAAUCUUCCUCAGAACAAACCUCACCUCAGAGCCUGUCAACAUCCCCAACCCAGCCUGAAAAUGCUAUCAAUGGGUUGACGGACACUGAUGCUACUCCCUUGGAAUCCCAACCCAGGGAAGCGUCUCCGUUGUUGCCUACUCCCAGUGUGCCCCAGACACCCAGCACGGAGUCCGGUCCCAUCACACCAGCACUGGAGGGCGAGUCUACAGAGGUGAAGGCCGAUAGUCCUUUGCCUGCUGCGGAGGACAGUGCUGGAUCUCCUGAUGCCCCAUCCCUCCCUGGCUUAACCAUCAUCACCACUACUGCUGCUAUCUUCACCACACCUCCACCUCCAGGCCUCAUACACCCAAGUCAGAUUUCUGCAGGGUCAGGCCUGGUCAGGAGGUCUUCUACAGGGGCAGAGCUCAAAGAAACAGGGAAGGAGAUCGAGGCCUUGCUGGACAAGAAAGGCGAGCCUUUUUUGCUGUCCAGAAUAAGCUCAAGUCAAGCUACAUCUAGUGCACCAAAGACCUGGAAGAAGCCAAAGGAGGACAUGCCUGUAGAUCAAGAUCAAUGUCCAGACAAAGAGGAGGAAAUGGUUGAGCCUACUGUGGAGACUGUUGAAGAAACCCUCAGUCCAUCUCCCGUGGAGGUGGAGAGGAGGCCAUCGGUAGGAGCGGCGCUCGAGGAGAACGGCGAGCAUGAAGCAGAGCCUCUAAGAAAUGGUGCUGAACACCCCUUAGAAACAGAAAGCACUGAUGGCGUCCACAUUUCAGCUGUCAGAGAGCCUCUGAUCAAAGCAGUGCCACAGCCUGCCGAGAAGAAUGGAAAGAAACAGUAUGAUAGAGACUUCCUGUUGGGCUUCCAGUUCAUGCCUGCAUGCGUGCAGAAACCAGAGGGGCUUCCUCCUAUUUCUGAUGUUGUUUUAGAUAAGAUUAACCAAAACAAGCUGCCCAUGAGAUCAGUAGACCAACGUAUGAUCUCCAGGGGCCCAGACUUCACCCCAGCAUUUGCUGAUUUUGGCAGACAGAUGUCAGGGGGCAGAGGAGCACCGCUGCUGAAUGUUGGGCUACGGCGGCCAUCUGGGCGCAAGAUCAUUAUGAACUUGUCGGUGAAUGAAGAGGUGCAGCUCAAGACAACAGAGAACGCCUGGAAGCCUGGCAUGAAGCGGGACAGCGUCGCAGAAGAUCCAGAAAUCCUAAAAACUCAAGAGCUCUUCCGAAAAGUACGGAGUAUCCUCAACAAAUUAACACCACAGAUGUUCAACCAGCUGAUGAAGCAGGUGACCGAUCUCACCAUCGACACAGAGGAACGCCUCAAAGGUGUCAUAGAUCUGGUGUUUGAGAAAGCCAUUGAUGAGCCAGGCUUCUCUGUGGCCUAUGGGAACAUGUGCAGCUGUCUGGCCACAUUAAAAGUGCCCAUGACGGAUAAGCCCAACAGCACUGUGAAUUUCCGAAAGCUGCUUCUGAAUCGAUGCCAGAAAGAAUUUGAGAAGGACAAGGUGGAUGACGAUGCCUUCGAGAAGAAACAUAAGGAACUGGAGGCAGCUACCUCAGCUAUCGAGCGGGAGAGGCUGCGGGAAGAAUUGGAAGAGGCGAAAGACAAGGCUCGCAGACGGUCCAUUGGCAAUAUUAGGUUCAUUGGCGAGCUCUUCAAGUUGCGGAUGCUGACGGAGGCCAUUAUGCACGAUUGUGUGGUCAAGUUGCUGAAAAAUCACGACGAAGAGUCACUCGAGUGCCUCUGCAGGCUGCUCACCACUAUUGGCAAGGACCUGGAUUUUGAGAAAGCUAAGCCACGGAUGGAUCAGUACUUCACUCAGAUGGAAAAGAUAGUAAAGGAGAGAAAGACCUCUUCACGCAUCCGCUUCAUGCUGCAGGACGUCAUUGACCUUCGAUUGCACAAUUGGGUGUCUCGGAGAGCUGACCAGGGUCCCAAGACCAUCGAGCAGAUCCAUAAGGAGGCAAAGUUGGAGGAGCAGGAGGAACAGAGGAAGGUCCACCAACAACUGCUGUCCAAAGACAGCAAGAGGAGACCAGUGGUGCAAAGAGAGGAGACCUGGAGCACUGUGCCUAUGACUAAGAACAGCAGGACGAUAGACCCCACCAAAAUUCCCAAGAUCUCCAAGCCAACAAUAGAUGAGAAGAUUCAGCUUGGACCAAGAGCUCAGCUGAACUGGAUGAAGGGCAGCAGUGGAGGGGCUGGAGCCAAAGCCAGCGAAUCAGAUGUCUCUCGCCCCAGUGCCACUAGUUUAAACCGUUACUCUCCCCUGCAACCCUCAGCAUCCUCUUUACCCUCUUCAUCCCCAGAUUUCGACAGGAGAGGUCUCGGCAGCCGUGGAAGUUCAGGGCGGGAACGUAACGACAAGCCAUUGAGUGCAGCUCCUGCUCGGACAGGGCCCAUCUUGGUGGGUAGCAGCAAUAAGGAGGCCCCCGAGGAGACGAUCCAGGAAGUGUCCCGCAGAGAAUCAGACACGCCCAAGCUGCCGGCCAGCACUGCAGACAAGAGCCGACUGGACCAUAGCCAAUCCAAAGAGUCUGCUGUUCACUUUGAAGUACUGUCAGGCCCUUCUCCAGACAAGCCAGCUUUAACAGAAGAGGAGAUGGAGAAGCGGUCCAAGGCUAUAAUUGAUGAAUUUUUGCACAUUAAUGAUUAUAAGGAAGCAUUACAGUGUGUUGAGGAACUGGAGCAGCCUGCCAUGCUGUACGUGUUUGUACGGGUGGGUGUGGAAUCGACCCUGGAGAGGAGUCUGAUUACGCGUGACCACAUGGGUCAACUGCUUUACCAGCUCCUGCAGGCUGGAAUCCUCUCCAAACCUCAGUUCUUUAAAGGGUUCUCUGAAACUCUUGAAUUUGCAGAUGAUAUGGCCAUUGAUGUUCCUCAUAUAUGGCUGUAUCUUGCGGAGCUGGUUACCCCUGUGCUUCGAGAGGGUGGAAUCUCUAUGAGAGAAUUAUUUAGUGAAUUUAGCAAACCAUUACUCCCUGUGGGAAGAGCUGGGAUAUUAUUUUCUGAAAUACUGCACCUUCUAUGCAAACAAAUGAGCCAUAGGAAAGUGGGAUCAUUAUGGAGGGAUUCUGAAUUAAGCUGGGCAGAUUUUAUACCUGAAACAGAGGACGUGCACAGCUUCAUUACAGAACAUAAACUAGAAUUCACAGUUUCUGAUGGCUCAAACCCGACUGAGGCUGUCUCUAAGAGAACACUCUCACACGAUGAACUAAAUAAACAACUUGAAAAACUACUACUUGAGGACAUGGCUGGCGAUGAACAAAUCUUCGACUGGGUUGAGGCCAAUCUCGAUGAAUCAGAAAUGAGUUCAUCUCCUUUCCUCAGAGCUUUAAUGACUGCUGUUUGCAAAGCAGCAGUUAAAACCGAGGGCUCCUCUUGCAAAGUGGACACUUCCAUAAUUCAGAGGAGAUUGCCUGUUUUACACAAGUACCUUAACUCGGACACAGAGAGACAGUUACAAGCACUUUAUGCACUUCAAGCAUUUAUAGUACAACUGGACCAGCCUCCAAAUUUGCUUCGGAUGUUCUUUGACUGUUUGUAUGAUGAGGAUGUGAUCUCUGAAGACGCAUUUUGUAAGUGGGAGGGCAGUAAAGACCCCGCCGAACAGCAUGGAAAGGGCGUGGCCCUAAAAUCAGUCACCGCCUUCUUCACAUGGCUGCGCGAGGCAGAGGAGGAGUCGGAGGACAAUUGACAAGAAGAGAAACGGACACUUUUGCCAUCUAGUGCUGAAGAGACAAUAGUCGCUAAAUCAAUAACUGCAUCAAAUUGAAAUGUAACAUAACAAGCAACACAUUAUGCAUCAGUCGGGCAGAGUGCAGCCAGAUUUCGAAUGGUACGGUUCACUGACAUGCAACGACCAUGUGAUGACUUAACAGUUGUUGGAGCACUAAAAAAUGUAUUAUUUAUAGAAAUAUUGCAUUUAAGUUUUUUAUUCUUUUCUUUUGUUACUUUUUAAGGAAAGACUUUAAUAAUACAAACGUUCAGCUAUGAAACAAAACAUACGUUCAGACUCGUUAAUUUAUUUUUUUUAAGAGCAGCAUACACGAAAGGGUAUUUAACAUUUGCUGACAGUCACAAUGAACGGUUAUCAACGGAUAUAGAUAUAACAUUAUUAAUUUUAUUAAAAAAUAUAACGGCCGUGACAAAUAAUUAAACAAUUUUCAUGCUGUUUCAAACUGUUCAAGAAUGGUAACCGUUUUAUCUGUUUAUCUGGUUGAGGAUAGUCGAGGCCGGGUGUCAAAGAAGGAUCGGCGUUUUAGUGCAAGGUUUAAGGUUGUUGUUUCGAUAACCACACCGAUUGUUCCUCCGCUUCAGCUUGCUCUAUGUGAAACACUUCCUGUAAUCCAGCAGAAACAUGCAGUACUAUGCAUUCAGGGGACUGCUGGGUGUCACAGAACAAGAAUUGAGGGUCCACGAGCAAAGGACAACGUGUACAAAAACACUGAGAUGUUGCAGAACCUAAAGUGCUUGUUAUUCUUCAUACUGAGAGCAACUUUAAAACUUGUAAAUAAAUUAAAGACAAAAUGAUUCAUAAAAAUGCAAA